UCUCUCUCUCCCAAUUGCACUUUUCUUCUUUCUUCCUCUUUGUUUGUGGGAGCGGGCAACAAUAUUUUGAUGGGCCUCUGUGCAGAAGAUGUUUGCCUAAUGGAUUUGGGAUGCUACUUUAAGAGCUCAGCAGCCCCUUCUAGCCACCAGCUGCUGGGACCCCUUCACCCAGAAGCGUGAGUCUCUUAUGGCUCCAAGCCUUUAGACUAUGUAAUCCACCCUCCUCCUUCAGGGCAUUCUACAGUGUAUUUUCUCUCAAGCUCCUUGCUUGUGCUGUCCAAAAAGAUUAGUAUAUGACGCUUUUUGGUGCGAAGGAGAUGGGUCAGGACCAGACAAAACAACAGAUAGAGAAAGGACUCAAUCUCUACCAGUCCAACCAGACGGAAAAGGCCCUCCAAGUCUGGAUGAGAGUUUUGGAAAAGACUACGGGUCCUGCUGGCAGGUUUCGGGUUUUAAGCUGCCUCAUCACUGCUCAUUCGGAGAUGGGCAGAUACAAGGAUAUGCUAAAGUUUGCAGUGGUGCAGAUUGACACGGCUCGGGAGCUGGAGGAUCCAGACUACCUUACGGAAAGCUACCUGAACCUGGCUCGCAGUAAUGAGAAACUCUGUGAAUUCCAAAAAACCAUUUCCUACUGUAAGACCUGUCUGAAUAUGCAGGGCACUACUGUGAGCCUACGACUAAAUGGCCAAGUGAAUCUGAGCAUGGGCAAUGCCUUCCUGGGCCUCAGCAUCUUCCAGAAAGCCUUGGAGUGUUUUGAGAAAGCCCUGCGCUAUGCACACAACAAUGACGACAAGAUGCUAGAGUGCCGCGUCUGCUGCAGCCUGGGAAAUUUCUACACACAGAUCAAGGACUAUGAGAAAGCCUUGUUCUUCCCAUGUAAAGCAGCUGAACUGGUGAACGACUAUGGAAAGGGCUGGAGUUUGAAGUACCGAGCAAUGAGCCAGUACCACAUGGCAGUGGCCUAUCGGAAGCUGGGGCGCCUGGCAGAUGCUAUGGAAAGCUGUGAGGAGUCAAUGAAGAUUGCCCUGCAGCAUGGGGACCGGCCUCUGCAGGCACUAUGCCUCCUCUGCUUUGCUGAUAUUCACCGCAGCCGUAAAGACGUACAGACAGCUUUUCCUCGCUAUGAUUCAUCCAUGAGCAUCAUGACGGAGAUUGGAAACCGCCUGGGACAGAUUCAGGUGCUGCUGGGAGUGGCCAAGUGCUGGAUGAUCCAGAAGGAACUGGACAAGGCAUUGGAAAGCACUGAAAAGGCCCAGGAGCUGGCAGAGGGACUGGGAAACAAGCUUGGCCUGCUGAAGCUUCACUGCCUGUGUGAAAGCAUCUAUCGCAGCAAGGGGCGGCAGCGGGAGCUGCGCGGCCAUGUGGUGCGGUUCCACGAGUGUGUGGAGGAGAUGGAGCUGUACUGCGGCCUGUGCGGAGAGUCCAUCGGGGAGAGGAACAACCAGCUCCAGGCGCUGCCUUGCUCCCACUUCUUCCAUCUCAAGUGCCUGCAGACGGACGGGACCCGCGGCUGCCCGCACUGCCGCCGCGCCACUGUCAAGCCGGGCUUCGUCUGAGCCGCCGGCGCCACCUCCCAGCCCCGCCCCGCCCCAGACUGUGACGCGCGGGGGGCGGGGCCGCGAGCUGUUUGUCCUGGAAAUAAAAGUGGUUACACCCGC